GUGAGACCAGAGGUCCGCCUUAGGAAAGCGGUGAUUUGUGGCACAUUCCUCUAGCAAUAGAUGACGUAACAAGAAAUAUUAGAUCAAGGGUAUUUAUUCACUGUACCAGUCCUUAUGUCAUCCUUUCUAUUGCAGGAGAUAGAGCAAGAUCGUCACCUGCUCCGUCGCCGUCUAGCGUCAGCCGAAUCGGAACUGGAAGCCCGCGUGUUAGAACUUCAAAACGACAUAACCGAACUCACCUCAAAGCUAGCUAGUAAAGAAACGCUGCUUAGACAGUGGGAACGAGAAAAGGGGGCCUUAUUGCAGGAGCUUACCGCUCAAAAUCGGAGACUGACCGAAAGACUGCAAGAGCAACAACAGCAUGAACAUAGGCUUACUGAGCAGUUGGAGGCUUACAAGGAAAUGGUCUCGUUAGGCAAGAGUAACUUACAGGAACAUAUGAGCAGCGUUGACGGUCUACGCUAUGAAUUAGAUCUCCUUACCUCAAAAAACCGAGAACUAGAACGCCGACUAACGGCAGCCGAAUCUGAAAGGGAUGCUAUAGCUGCUGACCUAGACGAAGCCAAUGAUAGAAUUGUGGUGCUAGAACGGCAACAAAGAGAAUUAGAAGCAAGGUAUCAAAGAGGAGUCAGCAUGGAAGAUCAUCAUAGGCUCCAAGAACAGCAAAAGCAAGUCAUGAUAGGCCAAGAAAGACGAGGCGGAGCUUUUCACGAUAGUAUAAAUGGCAACGAAGAACGAUCUCUCCUGUCAGAAAUGGACGUCUCAGAGCCUACUUUAUCCCAAGAAUGCAUGUCAGUCUACCGUCAGCUGAGAGCUUUGGUAGCUCAGCUCAGGUCGCAACAAGAUGACGAUAGCGGGUUGCAUUCAGACUGCUCCACGACCUCCUUAGAUGACAGCACAAGGUUCACGCCGGGCCUGCUCCACGAAAUAGCACAAGAGUUAGUGAGUUUAGUUUUGGACACUGAUGUUGUGCGAUUAUUGGAGAGGCUGGAACAGGCCAGAAGGGAGAUCCAGGAGAGGGAUGAAGAACUGAGUCGGAGAGCUGAAAGACUCAUGGAACUGAAUACUAAGGCAUCCGUGUGCGAAGUAGAACUAGCCUCAGCCCUAGAAGAAUGCGAUCGCUUCCGUAGAGACGCACUUGCCUCCAACAGGGACGAAGAGGUGGCGUUAGCGAGGCAAGAGCGGGACGCGGCAGUGGAGAGGCGAACGAGGGCUGAAGUGGAGCUGGCCAGGACGAGGGUCGAACUUAUGCAGGCCAACGGGCAACUGCUGGAGACUGUCCGGCAGAAGGUGGAGCUCAGUCAGCAGUUGGAACAGUGGCAGAUGGAUAUGCAGGAGCUACUUGAUGAGCAGCUCAAAAACAAGCUUUCGAAGGAAAUCAGGGUACAAAAGAAUAAUCAAGAACCGGUGACGUCACUGACCUCGACCAGAAGAAAGCUACUUAGUUUCUUCAUGCGGUAAAACUAUAUAUUUUGAGGUUUUUAGCGUGUAAAUUCUGUCUCGUGUCGUUUUGUAAUUCGUUUAAUUUUGAUUUUUUAGAGAAGCAACAUACUUGUACAUUAUUAACCAUCUUAACAUGAAAUUUUGAGACGGAGACUGGAAUAUCAAAAACUCGUGAUUGAGAUUUUCAUGUAUGUUGCUUUGACCUACCAAGAUGAAUUAAUUUUUUGUGAUUUCAAUACAAUUAUUUUAUGUAAAUUUAUUACACCUGGUUUUCAUUCGUAUUCAAAAAUUACGAGGCUAAAACACCUACACACUUAGUAGUGUGUUUCUUAUUCAGUGGAUCAAUUUGAUAAUAUGCUGGAGUUGUAAUUUUUCUUGUAUUUUUGUAAAUCUUGGAUUUUCCGAAACCUUAGUUUAUUUUGUACAUUGUUGUUGUCUGUUCCUUUUAGCUGUAAUAUUGCGUAAGUAAUUGUAUGCAUUAUUUUCUACUACGUGAAGAUGUAUAUACGAUGCGACAAAGAUGGUUUAUCUAGUGAACUUGUUUCCCAUGUAUAAAAAAAGCGAUUGUUCCGUGCAAUUUUAUCCCUAGUCAUUUUUACUCUAGAUGAAUAAUCAGUAAUGGAAAAAGGUCGCCAUCUAUAUCAUGAAAGAGUACAAUUAGGAAUGUAAAAAAUUAAAAAUCGUUAGAUCAUAUAUUUUAUGUAUGAUUCAUAAUCUCAAUUUUUUUCCAACGACUUCAUAUCUAUUGAUUUGAUCCUCAUUCCUAUUUGACUUGAUUUUUUCAAAUGAUUUUAAUCAUACUGUGUCGUACUUACCCAUAAAAUGCUAUUGGAGCAAUUUUCUUAAGAUUGCUUGAAUAGACUUGAGGCUUGGUUUAUUGUAGAUCUUUUAAAAUUCCUGAUUUACAUAGGGUGAUUUGAAUCUUUUAGAUAUACUCUUAAAGAAGCAUGAGAAAAUAAAUUAUUGAUUAUUUUGAAAGUAGUACAAAUAUUUGUUCAUUCGCUUGACGUCACAUAAAAUCAGUUAUAUUUUUUGCUGUAAUUUUUAUAAAGCUAACAUCCUUAUUUUAAUAAGGAUGUUUACAAAGAUGAAAACUAGUAUUCUAGUUUUGUUAUUGUGAAAAGAUUGAUAUAGUAACUAUCACCCUGUGUGGAUCGCACCAUUUUCCUAUUUUAUUUUCCACUUGAUUUCCACAUUAUUAAUAGUAUCAUGUUAAAGAAUACUGUGAUUUAGGCAAGCUUUUAUAUUUGUACUUAAUGUAUAUUAUGUAGUAUUUUAAUAGAAAAUCUUUAGUUUGUAAGAUAUGUGCAUUUCGAUAAAUAAUUACUUUGUGACAGCCAAAGCGCAUCACACUUUUUUAAAACUGUCAUGUUUGAAUGUAUUUCAUUGCAAGGCUUUUAAAUUUUGAGCAUGAAUAGUUUUUGCACAUUUCACGUAAAUAGACUAUUGAUUUUUGAAUUCCAUGUUACUUUAUUAACAAAAAAAUGCUAUUUUCAAUACAGUAUCUAACACACACUUAUUUAUCAUUGCUCUGUAAGUUGUAUAUUUAUUAUUGUAUAUUUUUACCUGAAAUUUUGUUUUCAAACAGAAACAACGGUUCUCUAUCGAGAAAAUAUUUAAUAUUUCAUCUGUAUCUAGAUCAUUCAGAGUUCCUUUUGAGAAAAAAUUUUAUUACCGAAAAUCAGUUAUAAACUGUUCUAAACGUACAGUGAUGUUUAACUUCUUAGAUAUCGCAAAUCAUGAGAGUCAUUGAUAUUUUGAUAAAAUCUGCAGUAUUUGUAUAACAGUAAUUAUCGUAUUCAAUUCAAGGCCUUAUAAAAUUUGCUAUAUUUUCAACUUAAGCAGUUUGCGAAAUGUCAGGAGUCAGUUGCAAAAUCAAAUCAAUCAAACUGUAUUGCAAAAUAGAACAAUUUUCCCCCUGAAGGGAAGAAAAUUGAUAUUUCGGGUCUUGCCAUAGGCCUGACCGUUGAGAUUACGUUCCCUAUCUACAGCUCCGGAGUCAAUAUGUGUGCGUCUCUAGUCCCCCUUACCUUCGUCCUCCUCCCCUUUCUGUACGC